CCCCGAGCAGGAGACGAAAUGGCGGCUGCGGCGGCGGCGGCGAUGUCGGCGCAGCUCCCGCCUCACGCCACCCCACAGGGCAACCACAGCCACCACCACCACCAUCAGCAACAACACCACCACCACCAUCACUCGCAACAGCAGCAGCAGCAGCUCCAUCAUCACCACCAGCAGCAGCAGCAGCUACAACAGCAGCAGCAGCAGCAGUCGUCACUGUCGCAGGGCCCGCACUUGCACCGCAGCGCGGAGCGCGCUCUCGAAGACGCCUUCUUCUCCGCGGCGCUCAACCUCAGCGGCAGGAAGCUCAAGGAGUUCCCUCGCUCCGGUGUCAUCGACUUCGACCUCUCGGACACCACGCAGGCCGAUCUGUCGAAGAACAGGCUGAACGAGGUGCCGCUCGAGGUGUGCCACUUCGUGUCUCUCGAGAGCCUCGUGCUCUACCACAACUGCAUCCGCAGCAUCCCCGAGGCCAUCGUCAACCUUCGCUCGCUCACCUAUCUCAACAUCAGCCGGAAUCAGCUGACGACGCUCCCGCCCUACCUGUGCAAGCUGCCACUGCAGGUUCUCAAUGCCAGCAACAACAAGCUGGUGUCACUGCCCGAGGAGCUCGGGCAACUGAAGGAGCUCUCGGCGCUGGACGUGAGCUGCAACGAGAUCCAGGCGCUGCCGCCCCAGAUAGCGAGCCUGACGUGCCUCCGUGACCUCAACGUGCGCAGGAACAAUCUCGUCAUCCUGCCCGACGAGAUCGCGGACUUGCCCCUGGUACAGUUGGACGUGUCGUGUAACCGCCUGGGCGAAAUCCCCGUGAGCUUCCGUAAGCUGAAGCAGCUGCAGAGUCUCGUGCUGGACAACAACCCGAUGAAAAGCCCGCCGGCACAGAUAUGCAUCAAGGGCAAGCAUCACAUUUUCAAGUACCUGCACAUGGAGGCAUGCAAGCUUGAUAAGAAGCUCGCCGAUCGCUUGAUCAGGCCUGCCGGCUCCUCCACAUGCCUUCCCGAGGAUUUUGUGCCGCACAAGGCGUGCGGACUCCUCGAUUCCGGGUUCAACAGCGUCGACAGUGGCAACAAGCGCUGGUCUGGCAACGAGGCACGUAGUAACCGCAUCAAGCAGCCUUCGGACGAGGAGUCGGCGUCGACGGCUCUGAUGCGCGGCGCGGACAGCUCGCGGGACCAGCGGUUGCGACGCGAAACCCCCCACACGCCCCUGAGCAACGGCCUCGUGGUGGAGGAGGGCCAGGAGGUGGACUACAUAGAGGACGAGGACGAGGAGGACGCGGUCACCCCCAAGGCGGAAGACCAGCCGGGACUGACCACGAAGUUCAUGGCGUACAUCGAGCGCAGGAUAUCUCACGAGAAGCUGUUUCCGUUGCGGACAGACGAGACGCCGCUGCCACGCUCUGAAGACGAGGGCGGCUGGAGGGACGAGCAGAGCAGAACGCCGACGGCGGACGACGAGCAGGGCGGCGGCGGCGGCGGGAGGGUCGGCGCCGACAGGGAGGCUGGCGACGGCGCCCUGCGGGAGCGUCACCGCAGCGCCGACGGGAGCCAGGAGAGGCGGAGGCCCGUUGUUUACUCGGCGUCGUUCUGCGAGACGGACAUUCGCCGACGACCCAUAUCGUUUCACGACGCCAGACGUCUCCCUCAGUCUUCGUCCUUCACUGCCAAGGACAGACGCCGCCCCCCCGCGUUUGUCCACUCUGCCCCAAGUGGAGGGCACGGCGGCGGCGGCGGAGGAGGAGGAGAAGGAGGGGGACCUUGCGCGCCGCUCGCCGGCAUCUUGCGGAACGCCGGCAGCACCUCGGCUUCGCCGCUCCCGGGGCUCGUCAGCAACGGUCAACCCGGCGUCACGGCGACGGAUACCACGGUCUAUCAGCAGGAGGACCUUCCGCCUGCCGAGUUCGAGUUCCAGAAGAAGCGCGAGCAGAUCCUGCUGGAGCGCACGCGGCACGAGGCGCAGCUCGCCCGCCGGCGCUACGAGGACGAGCGCCAGCGGCUGACCAAGCACUCGACCACGCAGACCUUCACCGCCACCAAGCCUCGCGGAGUCCACCAACACAGCGCAGAUAGCGACCCGCAAAGUGACUGUGUAAACGUCCCUCCAAGCAGAAAGCCACACCACAUUGACGAUAGUGCCUUGCUAGUGUCCCCUGCUGAUCCUGUCUCCUCCCCUGACGCCGCCUUGCCAAAAGCCACUCCCCAGCCCCAUAAAUUCACCAAGAGCGAAGAGAAGACCCCCACUAACGCUUAUAGUGGCUCCAACGCUCCCCUCUUCGGCCUGAAGCUCCGCUCCGAAUCUGCCUCCGUGCGCCCGUGCUCCCAGCCCCCGCACUCCCGCCCAUCGCCCUCCCCCACCGCUCGCUCGCCGCCGCCGCCGCUUAGCUCCCCGACGCACCCCACAACGCCGUCCCCGUCCUCCCCCGCGGCCGCUGCCGCCCCCCCUACUACCGCCACCGCCGCCACCGCUUCGCACGCGCACACGCACUCGCCCCAUUCCCCACACAGGGCCGCGGCCUCCGUGCCGGCCAGCAAACCGCCCGGGAGUUUCCUGUUUAGCCCGGCCGGAGGCGGGCUGCUGGAGCAGCGUCUAGCCUUCAACAGCCCGAGCAGCGCCAUGGACAGCUUCGAGGGACUGGACCCCAGCUUCACGGUCAAGCGCAAGCUGAGCCACGUGCGCGAGGAGAUGGAGCUCAUAGAGCAGCUCAAGAAGAACAUCGAGUGCCGGCUGAAGGUGACGCUGCCGGGAGACCCGGUGAACUUGGGCUCGGCGCUCAUGGACGGCGUCGUGCUGUGCCACCUGGCGAACCACAUCCGCCCGCGCUCCGUGCCCAGCAUCCACGUGCCCUCGCCCGCCGUGCCUAAGCUGACCAUGGCAAAGUGCAGAAGAAAUGUGGAGAACUUCCUGGAGGCCUGCAAGAAGAUGGGAGUUCCACAGGAGCAGCUGUGCCUCCCUCACCACAUCCUGGAGGAGAAAGGCCUCAGCAAGGUGUCCCUCACCGUCCAGUGCCUACUCGACCUGGCCACCAGCAAACCCAGCCAAGCAUCCGUGGUCUGACUCCCGCCCCGUGACCCCCCGCACAAACACCCCCCCCCCCGAUCACCUGUCAAGCAAAAUCCACAUCGGCCCCGCGGAGGCCCCUAAUUCCACCACCCGCAGGCCAAACCGUGAGGCCCUCUUUGUGUGCGAGGCCCAGGGCAAAUGGCCCCUUUUACUGCCCCUCCCCCAUCCCCCCUCUGGGCAUCCCCUGCCUCCAGGCUCAGCCACACACCCACUACGAUUACUUUAAUCAGCAGGCCCUGCCGCUUUCGACUGCGACGUGAACGAGGCUGCGUAAUGCACUUUGGACCCAGAAGAUGUAUUAGCAUUGCUGUUAUAGUAUUCACCGUUCUUGCGAUGGCAACAAGUGGCCCGAAGGCGCCGUUACGUCUUUUCGGUGGUGGUGGCGAAUUUGACGAAGGCCACGGUGCCGGCGUGCGAGGGGUCUGCAAGCCUGCGAUGGCACGGAGGCCUGCGAUGGUUUCCACUCGUGUAGUGCCGCUAUCACGCAGUACCAUCACGUGGUGCCAUCACGUGGCACUAUCACUUGGUGCUAUCACUUGGUGCCAUCACUUGGUACCAUCACGUGGUGCCAUCACGUGGUGCCAUCACGUAGCACUUAGCUUCUAAGACUAAUUGCAAGCAGUUACAGUAGACUAAUUUAUAUCAGAGGAAGGGAAAUAGAGCUGUCCAAAUGCACGAGGUGUACUUUUUAAAUCGCAUUUUUAAUUUUCAGUCUUAGUUUUUUUCUCAUCAUCACACCUUUUAAGCCAAAACUUGUCCGACAGUUGUAAGCAACAUUUUCUCUUUUUACCUUGAGAGUUUUAUUUUGGCUUUGGCAAAAAGAACACAUUUCCUGCCUUGACCAAAUUACACUUUAGCAGAUGAAGAGUACACUCUGGUGGUGGCACCACAGGCCUCGUUGUGGUGGUGUUGUUGUUGAAGCCGAACGCUUCAAUGCCGACCGCUCUCCGUGUCGUUGGGAAGGCUGCUCCCAACAGGGUCCAUGCCGUCUUUGAUUUUUGUUUUGUUUCAGGGUCGCUGUCGUGGGUUGCGCUUUAUACCUUUUGAUUUUUUACUCAUUAUUUUUAAGCAGGUAGCUCAACUUAUCCAACUCCACAUUCCAUAACAAUUUUUAGUAGUAUUAUUCUCACGGUUUAUUUCAUUACGAUUACUACUGUUAAUUUCCCACCGCUCUCAAAUCCCAACUCAUCGUCAGUCCGGAGUCCCGGCGACCAAGAGAAGUAACGUGCUGCCCUUUGUAAAUAUCGCGAUUUCGAAAGGAAUUUUAAAAUCUCUGAAUGCCUGCCGCAAGCCAGGUGCGUUGUUUUGAUCCCAUUCGGCGGAACCCAUCGACAAGCGGCCUGGUCCCCCUCCCCCCCCCGAACUCUCGCAGCAAGCGUGGACGUGGCACAUUGCCAAACCCGACCGCCACCAACGCCUCCACCCCGUCAUCCAAAAUAAUUGUAAGAUAGCGAUUUUGAAAAACCCACAGAUAUAGUUUUGUAUUCGACGACGUUAUUACUGCAUGCUUGCCGUUGCGACGUAAUGGGGUGAACGUAGUGGGGGGUGUCUUGUUGUUGUUGUAUGCGUGGGGCUCGGGCGGCAGGAGCCGGCGGGGGGGGGGGGGCUUGUGCUUGACCACGAGCGCUCGGAUGAGCCGCAGCCGCCGUGUAAGCGCGGUGCCACGCGCGCACCGCCUGUGGCACAGCCCACGCGUGCGUUACACCCUCACCCCCCUCGCCUUUGAACACCUGUUGGGUUUUCUUCUCGAUUCACUAAAUGGCGAUGCAGCCCCUAACCCCCCCCACCCUAAACCCUUACCCCCCCCCAGCUCGCCGUGCCGCGGUAGUGACGGCACGACCAGUCCCGUUAGCCGAGCCCCGGAUCGUUAGCUCUGCUCGGCCGUGCUUGCCUUGCCCGCAUGGACCAUUCCACACUCGUUGCUAAUCCCUGAUUUCACAUCGCCACCUUCCAAGCGAUCUCUUGCCCGUCUCUAUUAAGAACUACGGUUAUUAGUGAGUGUAUCUUCACGUUUAAGAGUUUCUACUCCUUCCAUCGCCUCAACUGAAACUGUUAUUUUUGUCAGUUUAUUACAAAUAAUGUUAUCGUUAUGAAUAGUGUACAAAAAAUUCAAACAUAAUUUUACAAAAACCCCAAAAAAUAUAUAUAUUAAACUUCAAGUGCCUACAGCUAACUUGUUAAUAUUUGGCUCCGUAAUAAAAAUGGAACUGUAACCCUGGACAUGUGCGCAUGUAAAGUAGUAAUACUACCAGCUGGUCUGGGUGCCAUACAGUCCGGUGUUUGUAGUCGCAGAAAGCAACGAAGAGCUCUCCUGCUGCUGGCUGCACUCCCAGCGAUCCUAUUAUUGGCAACAGAGCUGCUGUGGCUCAAUAGCAGUUGGGGGAGGGGGGGGUCCCUUAGGCCAAGACACAAGGGGGUUAUUUGAGCAGGCUACGUCACGGUCUUAUAAGCAGGAUCACCCAGAAUGUGUCGUACCUCGGGAAGCUAAGAAGGGUUGGCCCUCAUGAAUGAAUACUGCUCGGAUGGGCAAUGGCCACGCAUGCAACGGGCACUGCAGGCUGCUGCAGGGCUACGCUGCGGACAGCGGACGGCGGUGCGCCAAUCCCGUUGUCGUCGCUGCACUCCGCUCCCAACGUCUGUGACCCCCCCCCCCCCCCCGCCCUCUUCGCCUACCGGCACAGACCCAGCGUAGAGAAGUAACUAAACUAAACCCCGCAGCCCAAACGGGGUGCAAAUACCCUCAUCCAGCAGUGGAUUGAGAAAGGGGCCAUACAUGAGGUGGAAGGUAGAUGACAUGCCCAGGUGGCUUCCUCGGAUAGUCGGAUAGUACAAUGAGGCAAUUGCAGUGGGAGGAUCCGAGUCAUCGUUGGGGGGGGGGGGGGGAGCCAUGCCAGACCCCGCCGAUCAACCCCCGACUGCUUUCAAGAGAGUGCAGGGAUGCAACCGGCCGCCAGGAAUAGAGACCCCGAGUGUGGCACGCACCGCAAAUAGCCAGCUGAAAAUAAUAUACACCUAUUUAAUUUAAAGAGUAAAAAAGACGUAAAUAUACCGAAACUUGUCUCUAAAUAAAAAAGUCUUUUAAAUAAUAACUCGGAAUAUUUUGUAUAGAGAAUUUUGGCGCAGCAUUGACAGCCUAACUUCUUUUUUGAAAGCAUGCGUUGCAUCCAGGCUUACAGUGCGAGUAUCGGUAUAUCAGUAGUUAUUCUCGGUAUAACGUUAUUGUCAUAAUAGCAAUUCCUGUGGUUAUACGUUCUAUUGUUUUAAUGCCGUAAUCUCUUACCGUAUUGUUUUGUAGAUGGUUGAUGAUUUUUUUUAUUCCAAUAUUUUGCAUGAAUGCCUUUGUCAUCGAUUUCCAGUGGUCAGUCUUAAUCGUUCGGCAAUGGACAAUUAAUUGCGUUGCUGAGCCUCCGGCCAUCUUCACUCCUGGGCAUCUUAGCGAACGUGCUAUUUAAAAAAAAGAUAAUUAUAAAAAAAAAUUAAGCAAAUCGUUAACGGAAUCAUUAAACUUAAAAUUUUACUCCGCCUUAGGGGAGACUUCAGAGUAAUGUUGAGGUUUAUAAGAGCUAUAUAUACGCUUAAACAGCAAUAUGCGCGCUCACGUUUUAUACUUCGGAUUUGGCCCGUGGGUAAAAUUUGCGGCUUACCGGUAAAAUGUGCUCUGCACAUCGAUGUGCUACGCAAGUGGGGGGCGCACUCACCGGUGAUUUGGUUUCGGCCCAUUCGGUGGCAUAAUUUGUAAAUGUCUUGAAGGAAGCGCCCUGCAGGAGGGAUGGGGGAAUGCUUCUUGGCGUGCUCUCUCUAUUUGUAUAUUUGUAAAGAAAGACGGCUCCACUUCACGUGGCCGGGCAAGUUGUGUACAAAAGCACCUUAAUGUAUGUAUUUUGUACUAUAUUCCACUGUGAUGUUUUCAGCUUUUCAUUAAAGUGUGUACCGUUA